AUGGCCAGCAAAGCAGCACAAACCGCGUCCGCCCACUACCUCCAGUUCGAUACCCAAUGGUCAAGUCUAGCUCUUUUGUACUACGACUAUGCUUUGACGUUCCCGAUGGAGGUCAAAUACAUGUGGGGAUCCAAAUUUCGCCUGUCAACCGCGCUGUAUAUCUUUUGCCGGUACGCAAUGCUGGCGAACGUGCUCUAUCUUCUCGAUAUCGCCAAGCGUCUUGGUGAAAGGUUGGUUUGA